UCCACUACAGUAAAUUCACCCCCAGUUUCGGCCGAAUCCGCUAGAAUCGCGAGACUUGAGCAACUCGUGGAAAACUUGAAUCGACGUUUGCUAAACCGCAAUUUUGAGCACACAUCAGGACAAUACCACUAAGUGGUUGCAUAAAAUUGACCAGUUGGCUCUCGUGAACGGUUGGGACGAACGUACAACGAUUUAUGGCAUGAUAAGUCGACUCAAGGGGUUGGCCAAGGAGUGGUACGACAAUCUCGAUCCCUCAGCAUAUGACCGGAGCUGGGAUGAAUGGAAACGUUUGUUACAAGCCACCUUCCCCGAUCACCACGAUUAUGCUUCCACACUUCGUAAGCUAGUGAAUAGGGUGAAGGAAGAUGGCACAAUAUUAUUUUGGGAAAUUAAAUCUGUUGCAGGCUUGUGACAUAACAGGAACGAAUGCAGUCUCCUGUCUUAUUGAUGGAAUGACUGACGUGACUCUCAGAAAUGGGGCUAGAGCAGGGCGUUACGUUACACCCGAAAGCUUGUACGCUGAGUAUUUGUCGACUCUGAGAUCCGAAGGUGACAAGCGGGAUACGCUCGCAAAGCAGGCGCCUCGGGAAAGGAGGAGGUUCCUUCCAAGUCGAGUCGAAGCACAAAAACUGUAUUCGUCAGUUCGGUGUUACAAUUGUCGUAAUCGAGGACAUGUUGCGACAAAGUGCCCGAAACCAAGAAUUGAGUGCAAGAAAUGUGGUCGCAUUGGACAUGUGGAUGCUGAGUGCCGACGUGGUAACGUAGUAAAAGAAAACAUGUCUAAGCAGGCACUAACGACAAGUGUAGCUGACGCAAGUAAUAAUAAGAAUUAUUACAUAGACAUUAAGGUCAAUGGUAAGCCGACGCGAGCUUACAUUGACUCAGGAGCUGAACCGGUCCUUGUCAAGCAAAGUGUUGCUAGAGAAUUGGGACUGAUGUGGCAGCCAAGUUUACAUUUGAUUCGUGGUUAUGGCCAGGGAAUCACCAAAGUGCAUGGGGAAGUCGAAGUAGAGCUAGAAGUGGAUCUUGUCAAGGCAAACGUAAAAGCUUUGAUCGUCGAAGACAGUGCACAACGUGUGCCUGUCAUAGUGGGACAGACCUUCCUGAAUGCGGGUGCUAAUACGAUUAUAGCAAAUGAGGAAGCUGUGAGAGUAGUUGACGGAAACAACGAAUCGAUCCAAGCAUUUCUAGGCCAACUUCCGACACGAAAAGUUGCACUUUGGGCGGAAGAGGAAACAGUGAUCCCUCCUCAAUCCAUUGGUUGCAUACGAAUCAAGGCAAAAGACGAUGGGUGGAAAGGAGCUUAUUACGUUGAAGGGUGUCAACGUCCGAGACCAGGGUUCGAACACGUUGUUCAUCGGUGUGUCACAUGUGAUGGAGGCCUAGUGACCGUUCGCAAUCUAUCGCACCAAGAUCUGGUCUAUCGAAAGGCGCAAAUCGUUACGAGAGCUGAGCCUUGCGAGCAGGAAAGGACAGCUACGACGGUGAGUGUGUUUUCUGUGGGGAAGGUUGAGGUAAAGAGUUUUCAACGGUGGGAACUUCUUACACAAGUCAAUAAGAAUCUAGACCCGGCUCAGUUCGAGCAAUUGUUACAACUCGUUAACGAAUUUCGAGAUUGUUUUGCACGAAAUGUAGCGGAAAUAGGUGCCACAACUGCGGCAGAAAUGAAGCUAACUUUGACUGAUGAUAAACCUGUAAUUUAUCGUCCUUAUCGGUUAUCGCAUCACGAAAGAAGAAUUGUUCGAGAUAUAGUAAAUGACUUGUUAGGUAGCGGAGUCAUACGAGAAUCAGACUCGCCAUAUUCGAGUCCCAUACUGUUGGUGCGGAAGGCAUUAAGCCAGGCGAGUUUGUGUGGGUACUUUCGAAAGUACGUGAAAGAUUACGCAACAAUAGCAAACAGUUUGACGAGUCUCCUAAAGAAAGGCAGUGCAUUUGUUUGGGAAGAAGCACAAGAGCGGGCUUUUCAGACUUUAAAAGACAUCUUGACGAGCAGACCAGUUCUUGCAAUUUACGACGCGGAAGCUGAAACGGAGUUACACACUGACGCUUCUAAAGUUGGAAUUGGUGGCAUUCUGUUGCAACGACAAGGUGAUGGAUCUUUGCGUCCAGUUAUGUUUUUCAGCCGACAGACGACCAAAGAGGAACAAAGGUACCACUCGUACGAGCUAGAAACGCUAGCGGUGGUCUGUUCUCUCAAACAUUAUCGAGUAUACUUGUUGGGGCUUCAAUUCAAGGUGAUCACAGACUGUAAUGCUUUACGAACAACCCUUACCAAGAGAGAUUUGAUUCCACGAAUUGGGAGAUGGUGGUUGUUGACUUCUGAGUUCGACUUUACUGUAGAAUACAGACCUGGCAGUAAAAUGAGUCACGUUGACGCUUUGAGUAGAAAUCCGGUAUUAGAUCCUUCGGAGCCUUCAGUGGAAGUCUUGCAUAUUAAUGUUAACGAUGAUGAUUGGAUUUUAGCUGUUCAAAUGAAGGAUGCGAGAUGCGCAUUGUUGAAGGAAAUAUUGGAAAAAUCACCGACGAACGCUGAAGAGCGUGCCAUUCACAAAGAGUAUAAACUAAAAGAUGGUCGAGUAUUCAAACAGACUGAGUCAGGAUUAAAAUGGGUCGUACCAAAAGCGCUUGCUGCUAGCUCGAGAGAAGAAGAGAAAUGGGAUGACUUUGUGAGUAGAAUUAGUUGGGGUAUUAAUUCUACGCCGAAUUCGACUACGGGCAAAAGUCCAUACGAAUUGUUGUUGGGGUAUACACCUCGACAUGCUAAUGACUCAAUCCUCACCAACGUGGUGACAGAGGGUGUUCAUGAUGGUGAUUUGCCACGGACACGAGCAGACGUUGCUCAGCGUGUCGAAAAGGAACAGCAGAAGCAAAAAGAGCGUUAUGACAAGCGACGCUGUGCCCCAAAGAGAUUUAAUGCAGGUGAUCUCGUGUUGGUACGCACCACGCGAGCUUCAAACGAGGGCAAAAGUCGGAAGCUGUUACCUAAAUAUUCGGGACCGUACCGAAUUCAGAAAGUGCUCGACUACGAUAGGUAUGUCGUGACGGACAUGCCGGGGGCGACGCGUUCCCAAAAACGAUAUGAGGGUGUCCAUUCAGUGGACAAAUUGAGACAUUACGUUGUCGCCACGACGAGUGGAGACGAAACAAUGGACGAUGUCAGUGACGAAUGA